AUGAUCGAAGCAUCAGAUAUGGCCGAAGAGGGUAAUCACUUUGUAGCAGGUUUUGAAGCUAGUGACCAGAUAUUCCUUUCUCUGACCAUAACUAACACUGUCAGUAAAGACAUGAAAGUAGAGAGUGGUGGACAGUUCAGCAGCUGCAGUAGCAGUAGAGUCUCAUCACUGACGUUGACAUCACCAUGGUUGUUGUCACCAUUGUCACAGUCAUCAUCAUCAUCAUCACCACCAUCACCAUCGUCAUCGUCAUCAUCAUCUUCCUCCUCUUCUUUCUCUUCCUCUUCUUUCUCUUCCUCUUCCUUCUCUUCUUUCUCUUCCUCUUCCUUCUCUUCUUUCUCUUCCUCUUCUUUCUCUUCCUCUUCUUUCUCUUCUUUCUCUUCCUCUUCUUUCUCUUCCUCUUCUUUCUCUUCCUCUUCUUUCUCUUCCUCUUCUUUCUCUUCCUCUUCUUUCUCUUCCUCUUCCUCUUCCUCUUCUUUCUCUUCCUCUUCUUUCUCUUCCCCUUCUUUCUCUUCCUCUUCUUUCUCUUCCUCUUCUUUCUCUUCCUCUUCUUUCUCUUCCUCUUCUUUCUCUUCCUCUUCUUUCUCUUCCUCUUCUUUCUCUUCCUCUUCUUUCUCUUUCUCUUCUUUCUUUUCCUCUUCCACUUCUUUCUCGCCCUCUUCUUUCUCUCCCUCUUCCUCUUCUUCCUCAACAUCAUCAUCAUCACCAUCACCAUCAUCAUCAUCAUCAUCAUCAUCAUCACCUUCUUCAUCAUCAUCAUCAUCAUCAUCAUCAUCAUUAUCAUCAUCACCACCAUCACCUUUCACAGUGAAAACCAGAAAGCAGAACAAUGGAACUCAAAACUGCAAAGUAUUAUUCAAAAGGUUCCAGCCCCUCUGUGGAGCACCUUUUCCACAGGGUCUUAGAAUUCAUGCUGCUGGAUACAUUGAGGUACUGGGAACUGUAAUCAAGCCCUGGAAUGAUGAAAUAUGCAAUGAAAGGCCAUACUUGUUUCAACAAGACUCAACACCUCCUCACAAAGCCCUACUCACCCAAGAAUGGUUGUCAGUCAAUCUUAACAAUUAUGUAACACCCAAUAUGUGGCCUCCAAACUCACCAGAUUUGAGCCCCAUGGACUACUACUUGUGGAGUACUGUUGAAAGGGGGACUAAUUAUCAUCCUCAUAAUGCCAUAGCUUCAGGGAAGACCACCAUUGUCCAGGUAAUGUCUGAAAUGAAUAAGGACCAUAUAGUGUCAGCCUGUCAGCGGUUUUGGUUCCGCAUUGAAGCAGUCAUCGAAGCUGAAGAAGGUUUCAUAGAAUAA